AUGACGAACGCGUCGCAUUACUCCACAGCCUCAGCGCCGAAGGAGAAGAAGCAGCCCAUGGAGCCGCGGCCGAGCUCCAGCAUCGUGCUCCUGUCGCCAACGAACCAGGUGCUGCUCCUGCGGAGGGUCAAGACCUCGUCAUCUUUUGCCUCGGCUCAUGUCUUCCCCGGCGGGAACCUGUCAGACUUUCAUGACGGGGCGGUGCCGCCGCCUGGCGACCUGGCGAGGCAUGAGGAUAGCCGGGCUUAUAGGAUCGGCGCCGUCAGAGAGACGUUCGAGGAGAGCGGGAUCUUGCUUGCUAGGGACAAGAGAAGCACGGAUGGCUCACUGCUGGUUCUACCCGCUUCCGAGCGAGAUGUAAUCAGGAGACGGAUCUACCAGAAUGAGAUCAGAUUUGAAGAGUGGUUGGAUAGUGUCGGUGGCGUUGCUGAUAUAGAGAACCUACACCCCUUCACCCGCUGGAUUACACCACCGGCGACACCAAAGCGCUUUACGACGCAGAUGUAUCUGUACAUGCUGCCCGUACAGAGCUCGCCCGCCUCCUCGUCCACCCCUUCCGACCCAGCCCUGGCAGCGGCAGAGUCCGAGGCCGUCCUGCCCACGCCAGACGGCGGCGAGGUGACGACAUCGGUCUUCGAGGACGCCAGCGCCUGGCUUGCGCGGCAGGGGCGUGGGGAGGUCAUCCUCUUCCCGCCCCAGGCAUUCCUUCUGACGCUCGUAUCGCAGUUCUGCACGGGGCCUCCCCCUGCCUCCUCCGGCGCUGGCGCCGCGGCAGACGCGGGGGCGCACUAUCAGGCACAGCGUCAGGCGCUUCUGGACUUCCUGCGCACCACACCGACUGCCACGAACCCCAAGGCGCUUAAGCACGCCACGUCACACAUCCCCUGGGCCCAGAAGGUCAUCAGCCCCGUGACCGCCCUGGUCCGGGCGGAUGGCAGGGCGGUCCUCAGCCUGGAGAGGCCCGGCCCGGAGCUGAAGGGGAGCAACAGGGGCGGCGACUGGGAACGGGUCGUCCUGGUCAGGUUCGCCAAGGGCACGGCUACCGAGGUGGAGAUCCGGGACCGGGAGAGCGUGUUCGAGGAGGAGAGGGCCAAGGAGAGGCAGGGGAAGGAUAACGCCGAGGCGAAAUUAUAG